AGUAAACAAAGGCAGUGGCAACAGUGCCAGUGGCAGGGAGCUCCAUGCACAGACUUGCUAGAGACCCCUGCUCCUUGCUGGAAAGCUGUCCCAUGACGAAGGCCUAGACUCGGACACGGAGACUUUCGGAUGCAGCCUUUAAUGAAGGACGCAGGCAUGAGCCUGUCCUCUGUGACGCUGGCCAGCGCCCUGCAGGUCAGGGGUGAAGCUCUGUCUGAGGAGGAAAUCUGGUCCCUCCUGUCCCUGGCUGCUGAGCAGCUCCUGGAAGACCUCCGCAGCGAUUCAUCGGACUAUGUAAUCUGCCCCUGGUCAGCCCUGCUUUCUGCAGCUGGACGCCUUUCUUUCCAAGGCCAUGUUUCUCACAUAGAGGCUGCUCCUUUCAAGGCCCCUGAACUGCUACAGGGACAGAGCGAGGAUGAGCAGUCUGAUGCAUCUCAGAUGCACGUCUAUUCUUUAGGAAUGACCCUCUACUGGUCGGCAGGGUUUCAUGUUCCGCCAAAUCAGCCCCUGCAGCUCCGCGAGCCCCUGCACUCCAUCCUGCUGACCAUGUGCGAAGACCAGCCUCGCAGGCGGUGCACGUUGCAAUCGGUUCUGGAAGCUUGUCGGGCUCAUGAGAAAGAAGUGUCUGUCUACCCAGCCCCUGCUGGUCUCCACAUCAGAAGGCUGGUUGGCUUGGUUCUGGGCACCAUUUCUGAGGUGGAGAAAAGAGUUGUGGAGGAAAGCUCCUGUGUGCAGCAGAACAGAAGCUACCUGCUUAGGAAGAGGCUGUGUGGGACAAGCAGUGAGAGCCCAGUGGCACCGGCCCCGGAGCGUCUGCAUCCCUGCAGAGUUUCAGAAGGAAGCACGGAGGCCCAGCACUCUCCAGAACCCCAUUGGAGCACCUCACACAGUCACUGCAGCCUCGUCGUUAACCGCACUCUUCCAGGGGCAGAUCCCCAGCACCAACAGGAGGGCCGGCGGCUCAGCUCCGGAUCUGUGUACUCGGCAGCAGACAGCUCAUGGCCAACAACUCCUUCUCAAAGGGGUUUUCUGCAAAGAAGGAGCAAGUUUUCCAGGCCGGAGUUUGUCCUGCUGGCUGGAGAGGCCCCCGUGACCCUAAAUCUGCCGGGAUCAGUUGUGACCAAAAAAGGGAAAUCCUAUUUGGCUCUCAGGGACCUCUGUGUGGUCCUGCUGAACGGGCAGCGCCUGGAGGUAAAAUGUGAUGUCGAGUCAACAGUGGGAGCUGUCUUCAAUGCUGUGACGUCCUUUGCCAACCUCGAGGAACUCACCUACUUUGGCUUGGCUUAUAUGAAAGGCAAAGAGUUCUUUUUCCUGGACAAUGAAACCAGAUUGUGCAAAAUAGCACCUGAAGGCUGGAGAGAGCAGCCUCAGAAGACCUCCACGAAUACCUUCGUACUCUUCCUGAGGAUAAAGUUCUUUGUCAGCCACUAUGGGCUGCUCCAGCAUAGCCUGACAAGGCACCAGUUUUACCUGCAGCUUCGGAAAGACGUCCUGGAGGAGAGGCUGUAUUGCAAUGAAGAGAUGCUGCUGCAGCUGGGGGUCCUUGCCUUGCAGGCUGAAUUUGGCAAUUACCCUAAGGAGCAGGUGGAGAGUAAGCCAUACUUUCAUGUUGAAGAUUACAUCCCAGCGAGUCUGAUAGAGAGGAUGACUGCCCUCCGGGUCCAAGUCGAAGUCUCAGAGAUGCACCGGCUCAGCUCUGCACUCUGGGGAGAGGAUGCUGAGCUGGAGUUCUUGAGGGUCACUCAGCAGCUCCCAGAAUACGGUGUACUGGUUCACCAAGUAUUCUCAGAGAAGAAGAGGCCAGAAGAGGAGAUGGCCCUGGGGAUCUGUGCCAAAGGUGUCACAGUGUAUGAAGUGCAAAACAACAGCAGAAUUGCAACUUUACGGUUUCAGUGGAGAGAAACCGGAAAGAUUUCAACUUACCAAAAGAAGUUCACCAUCACAAGCAGUGUCACUGGGAAGAAGCACACAUUUGUCACAGAUUCAGCCAAGACAAGUAAAUAUUUACUGGACCUUUGCUCAGCCCAGCAUGGGUUUAAUGCACAGAUGGGCUCUGGGCCGCCUUCCCAUGUUUUGUUUGACCAUGAUAAGUUUGUGCAAAUGGCCAAUUUGAGUCCUGCACACCAGGCCCAGUCUAAACCUCUCAUUUGGAUUCAGAGAUUGUCAUGCUCAGAAAAUGAGUUGUUCACAUCCAGGCUUCGGGAUGCUGCAGGAGGCUUGCUGAGUACAUCACUGGAUAACUUCAACGUGGACACUAGCAAGGAGGCUGGAGCAGAGGGCAUUGGGCACAGCCCCUGCACUGGCCGGGAGCAGCUGAAGAGUGCCUGUGUGAUUCAGAAGCCAAUGCCCUGGGACUCUCUCUCUGGGCCACUUGUUCAGAACAUGCAUGCAGGGUCACAGAAUAAUAGGAGGAAGAGCUUUACAGCUGAACCAGGCCAAGAAAUCGUGCAUGUGACACUGAAACGUGACCCACAUCGUGGUUUUGGUUUUGUCAUUAAUGAGGGAGAGUCUUCAGGCCAAGCUGACCCUGGUAUUUUUAUAUCUUCUAUUAUACCUGGAGGACCAGCAGAAAAAGCGAAAACGAUCAAACCGGGAGGGCAGAUACUAGCCCUGAAUCACAUCAGUCUGGAGGGCUUCACAUUCAACAUGGCUGUUAGGAUGAUCCAGAAUUCCCCUGACAAUAUAGAGUUAAUCAUUUCUCAGUCGAAAGGUGUUUGCGGAAAUACCCCAAAUGAAGAAAAGAAUAGCACGGCCAAUUCUGGGGUCUCCUCUACAGACAUCCUGAGCUUCGGGUACCAGGGAAGUUUGUUGUCACACACAGAAGACCAGGACAGGAAUAUUGAAGACCUAGACAUGGCUGGGGUGCGGAGCUUAGUGCCCAGGUUGAGACAUCAGCUCUCCUUUCUGCCAUUAAAGGGUCCUGGUUCUUCGUUUCCUCUGUCACCUCCAGAAAUCAGUGCUGGUGAAAUCUACUUUGUGGAACUGGUUAAAGAAGAUGGAACACUUGGAUUCAGCGUGACUGGUGGCAUUAACACCAGUGUGCCCUAUGGUGGUAUAUAUGUGAAAUCCAUUGUUCCUGGAGGACCAGCUGCCAAGGAAGGGCAGAUCCUGCAGGGUGACCGGCUCCUGCAGGUGGAUGGAGUGAGUCUGUGCGGCCUCACUCACAAGCAGGCUGUGCAGUGCCUGAAGGGGCCUGGGCAGGUUGCAAGACUGGUCUUAGAGAGAAGAGGCCCCAGGACUACACAGCAGUGUCCUUCUGCUAAUGACAGCAUGGGAGAUGAACACAUGGCUGUUUCCUUGGUAACAGCCUUGCCUGGCAGACCUUCGAGCUGUGUCUCGGUGACAGAUGGUCCUAAGUUUGAAGUCACACUAAAAAAGAAUGCCAAUGGUUUGGGAUUCAGUUUCGUGCACCUGGAGAAAGAGAGCUGCAGACACCUCAAGAGUGAUCUUGUGAGGAUCAAGAGGCUAUUUCCAGGGCAGCCAGCUGAGGAGAAUGGGGCCAUCGCAGCUGGUGACAUUAUCCUGGCCGUGAAUGGAAGGCCCACGGAAGGCCUUGUCUUCCAGGAGGUGCUGCAUUUACUGAGAGGGGCCCCACAGGAAGUCACGCUCCUCCUUUGCCGACCCCCUCCAGGUGCGCUGCCUGAGACGGAGCAGGAGUGGCAGACACCUGAACUCUCAGCUGACAAAGAAUUCACCAGAGCAACAUGUACUGACUCAUGUACCAGCCUCAGCCUGGAUCAAGAGGACAGCUGGAGGGACAGUGCCUCCCCAGAUGCAGGGGAGAGCCUGGGUCUCAGGCCAGAGUCUUCCCAAAAGGCCAUCAGAGAGGCACAAUGGGUCCAAGAUAGAGAGAGACCUUGGGCCAGUUCCUUGACACAUUCUCCUGAGUCCCACCCUCAUUUAUGCAAACUUCACCAAGAAAGGGAUGCAUCAACAUUGGCGACCUCUUUGGAAAAGGAUGUGAGGCAAAACUGCUAUUCAGUUUGUGAUAUCAUGAGACUUGGAAGGUAAGAAUCACCACAUUUGCAGAUGUUUUGUAACCUGAAUGCAUCUCAUCGCUAGAAAAUUAUA